UUGGUCUGCCUGCAUAGAAACCAAUCUAACAAACAUACCUCGCGUUUGCUCUUUAAACUUUUGAUGUAUUUUAAUGCACUCGCGCUUCCGUUUUUAGUAUAUCGGAUUAAGUUUGAUCUGCCAUGUGUCAAUAUCAUGCACUUGAACUUUUUUAGUUUGUGUGCACCAAUUCCUCCAAAAUACGUUUUUAUUUCAUUGGAAUUUUAAAACAUUACAGACAGGAAACAAUAUUUUCAACUCAUUCUGAAAAAACUAACAGGCAAAUGUUUAAAAAUGUCUACAAAAUAAGUUAAUAUGUAAUUGUGUAAGCACUGUCCAGAUUUUAAGCCUGGUCAACUAGAAAUAUAUAAUCUGAAUAAAUUGACUUGAAAUAAUAAUGCAAGGUUCAACCACAUCUGAGCCCCACCCCAUUCUCUUCUCCUCCUCCCCUGUUGAUGCCAGAAAUGCUUGAGAGAUGCAGAUUGGAGAUGAGCAGGAGCAGUGAGUGAGAAUGAAAAAUAGUGAGAGAAAUAUAAAAAGCUAGAUACAGAGAAAUAUACUCAGAGAGAAAUUAGACUUUGGAAGGAAAUCUCAGGAUAUGUGUGAAGCAUUUCAUCAGUUCAUCAUGGGGUUACGACUUUUUAUAAAGGAGUAUUUUCUUGGUUUCUGGGACUACGAGACACCAAAGGUGAUGGUGGUUAGAAACAGAACUCUUGGAGUAAUUUACAGAGGCGUUCAGUUUCUUGUGAUCACCUAUUUCAUCUGGUAUGUCUUCAUAAGUCAGAAAGCGUACCAAGAGAGUGAAACUCGUCCAGACAGCUCAGUUUACACAUGCAUGAAAGGCUACGCAGUACAUGGAGAUGAUGUCUUUGAUACUGUGGAGUACGCUCAACCCUCAGAGGGUGGUGAUGUGAUUAGCACGAUAUUGAGACGAGAAGUUACAUAUGAUCAGAGGCAAGGAACCUGCGCCGAGCAUUUCACAGUUGCCAAUGCCAACUGUACGACCGACACUGACUGUGUCCAGGGAGAGGUUGACUUUGAUGGCCAUGGCAGAAGGACCGGCAGAUGUGUUCAGUACUACAACCACACCUUCAAAACCUGUGAGAUCCAAACCUGGUGUCCUAUUGAGGAGUACGCUGUAGUACGAGAACCAGCGUUAGUGGAGGCCAUCAAUUUCACAGUGACAAUCAGGAACUCUAUCCACUUCCCCAGAUUUAAAGUACUGAGGGGAAAUAUAAAAGAUGCUUCAAACAAGCGUAGCAUGAGGUUGUACCUCAAUAAGUGUCAUUAUCAUAAGGAGAAAGAGCCCUACUGUCCAAACUUCCGCCUGGGGUACAUCGCAGACCAAGCGAGGGAGAGUUUCAGUGAGCUCUGCAGGACUGGAGGAGUCAUAGGGGUUUUCAUCAACUGGAAUUGUAACCUGGACCUGGAUCCUUCACACUGUAAACCCACAUAUUCCUUCCGCCGUCUUGAUCUCCGAAAGGAUCAGGACAUCUCUGGUUACUACUACAGGUUUGCCAAAUAUUACAGCAAGGAUGGAGUAGAGUCUCGGACACUUAUCAAGGCUUAUGGCAUCCGUCUGGAUGUCAUAGUUCAUGGACAUGCUGGUAAAUUCAGUCCCAUCCCAACCAUCAUCAGCACGGUCACUGCCAUGACUUCAGUUGGGAUUUGCACCAUCAUCUGUGACUGGAUAAUGCUGACGUUUAUUGACAAGAAUGAAGUCUACAGUGACAGGAAGUUUGACGAGAUAAUCAAGGAGCCCAAGAUGCCCAUUUCCACAGAGCUCAGCUUCGUCAACAGCUACGGCUCAAACCAUUCAGACCUGUCAGACGGUGUGCCGCUGUAAUGUCGCCACAGUUGCCUCAGCCCUCGCUGUCCAAGAGUGGGGCCUCUCCUCCAUCAGCGACUUAAAACUCCAACUGGUUUCUCAGGUGUCUGCCACAGCUCAGUUAUGGACUGCCAACGUUCGCUAUAUGUGGGAAUAAACUGACAGAGGACCACAUCGACAGAAGGCAUCUUCUGACAGACAAGAGGUUCCCUGCCUGUGCAGUGUAUUCAGUUCCUAUAUCAUCUCAAACCUUGAUGGACCCCAACUGUACAACAAUGCAGUUAAUUUUCUUUAACGUCGUUAACGUUUAAAGUCUGAGUUCACCUUUAUGAUAACUAUCAAUGUAUUGCAGAUAUUCAGAGAAAUAGCCUAAAUGUCCUGUAUCAACUCGAGUUUCAGACAUAAGUAUUACCAUAAUUUUACUAACCGUAUAUCCUAAAACAUUGACCUUCAGUCUUAUAAAUCUGCAUUGUCAACUGCA